UCGAGGCCCGUCCCCCAUCUCUCAACGUUCCCCCGCUCAGCGGGCGGCGCGAAACCUAGUCACCUUUUCUUAAGGUGACUCCUCUACCCGGCCUUCUUUCCUGAGGGCGCCUUCCUAGAGAGCUUUCUGUGUUACCAUUAACGUCGCUACCAGUGUCAGUCAGAGACUGAAAACAAAUAGUAAAAGCAGGUGUAAGCCAAGAAACGUCUCAAUAAACCGGUACGGGGCCUACAGGAACGCGGCCGGUGCCCCGGAAGCGGAAGUGCGUCCCCGAGUGAAAGGCUGGACUAUGCUGAGUGGUGACGUUUCCCCAUUGGGCGGAAGGUUCGGGGCCGUAGUCGGGCUUCCAGCUGGUGGGAGUUGGCGUCGCGGUGCUGGGCGCUGGGACCUCGGUGGAUAGAGUUCUGGAAGCGGGUCUCUGCUCAGCGGUGGCGUCGCCCCUGUCCGUCUGAUCCCCGCUCUCCUUGGUUCUCUCCCACGGCGUGGGGCUUCGCGAGGGAAUCCCCGGCCCCUUUGGGCCACGGCGGUAGCGGUGCCUUUUGAGGUAAGGAAAGUGAGGCUCAGAGAGAUUAAGUAACAUGCCCAAAGUAACACAGCCAGUAUGUAGCAGAGCUGGGAUUUGAAUCCAGGUCUGUCAGACUCCAAAGCCCAUGCUCUUUCCAGUACUUCACACUGCAGCAGAUUUUCUUGUAAUCACGUUUUAAAGCCUUCAAGAUGGUACUAGCAGAUCUUGGAAGAAAAAUAACAUCAGCAUUACGCUCACUGAGCAAUGCCACCAUCAUCAAUGAAGAGGUAUUAAAUGCUAUGCUAAAAGAAGUAUGUACAGCAUUAUUGGAAGCAGACGUUAAUAUUAAACUAGUGAAACAACUAAGAGAAAAUGUGAAGUCUGCUAUUGAUCUGGAAGAGAUGGCGUCUGGUCUAAACAAAAGAAAAAUGAUUCAGCAUGCUGUAUUUAAAGAACUUGUAAAGCUUGUAGACCCUGGAGUUAAAGCAUGGACACCCACUAAAGGAAAACAGAAUGUGAUCAUGUUUGUUGGAUUGCAAGGGAGUGGUAAAACAACUACAUGUUCAAAGCUAGCAUAUUAUUACCAGAGGAAAGGGUGGAAGACCUGUUUGAUAUGUGCAGACACAUUCAGAGCAGGGGCUUUUGACCAACUAAAACAGAAUGCUACCAAAGCAAGAAUUCCAUUCUAUGGAAGCUAUACAGAAAUGGAUCCUGUUAUCAUUGCCUCUGAAGGAGUGGAAAAAUUCAAAAAUGAAAAUUUUGAAAUUAUUAUUGUUGAUACAAGUGGCCGCCAUAAACAAGAAGACUCUUUGUUUGAAGAAAUGCUUCAAGUUGCUAAUGCUAUACAACCUGAUAACAUUGUUUAUGUGAUGGAUGCCUCGAUUGGACAGGCUUGUGAAGCCCAGGCUAAGGCUUUUAAAGAUAAAGUAGAUGUAGCCUCAGUAAUAGUGACAAAACUUGACGGCCACGCAAAAGGAGGUGGUGCACUUAGUGCAGUUGCUGCGACAAAAAGUCCAAUUAUUUUCAUUGGCACAGGGGAACAUAUAGAUGACUUUGAACCUUUCAAAACACAACCUUUCAUCAGCAAACUUCUUGGUAUGGGUGACAUUGAAGGACUGAUAGAUAAAGUCAACGAGUUGAAGUUGGAUGACAAUGAAGCACUUAUAGAAAAGUUGAAACAUGGUCAAUUUACAUUGCGAGACAUGUAUGAACAAUUUCAAAACAUCAUGAAAAUGGGCCCCUUCAGUCAGAUCUUGGGGAUGAUCCCUGGUUUCGGGACAGAUUUUAUGAGCAAAGGAAAUGAACAAGAGUCAAUGGCAAGGCUAAAGAAAUUAAUGACCAUAAUGGAUAGUAUGAAUGAUCAAGAACUUGAUAGUACUGAUGGUGCCAAGGUUUUUAGUAAGCAACCAGGAAGAAUCCAGAGGGUAGCAAGAGGAUCAGGUGUGUCAACAAGAGAUGUUCAAGAACUUUUGACACAAUAUACCAAAUUUGCACAGAUGGUAAAAAAGAUGGGAGGUAUCAAAGGACUUUUCAAAGGUGGUGAUAUGUCUAAGAAUGUGAGCCAGUCGCAGAUGGCAAAAUUGAAUCAACAGAUGGCCAAAAUGAUGGAUCCAAGAGUUCUUCAUCACAUGGGUGGUAUGGCAGGACUUCAGUCAAUGAUGAGGCAGUUUCAACAGGGUGCUGCUGGCAAUAUGAAAGGCAUGAUGGGAUUCAAUAAUAUGUAAAAGAAGAUGCCUUAAUAUAAACUGACUUAGUUGAUCACACUCUUUGCUGAGACCUCAGAGUUUCCCUCCUUUUUUGCAAAUGGGGAAAAAAAGUAUUUUUCUUGCCUGUCUUGCCCUUAUUUUUCUUGUCUUCCCCACUUCUCUUUUUCCUUUCCUUACUCCUGCCUUCCCUUUGAUGUAGGGAAGAAUAUAUGGUUUUUGUGGAAAUCAUUAUAUUUUUGCUUUAGAUUUUUUUUUGUUAGUUUUCACCAUCAUUAACACUUAAGUUAAAAAAAAAAUCAUGAUGUAAAAUUUUAGUACUUAAAAGUUUUUAAUUAUCUCAAAGGCCAAGCAUUACAUUUGUAAAUGGUCCUGGUCAGUAGUUACAUGAUGUCUCAAUAAAAGUGCUGUAAAAUAAACUUCAAAGUCGUUAAUAAGUUAAGGGUUUGUUAACUUUCUUUAUGGUUCAAAAUUAUCUAUGUAUCAAUCAAAAGGCAGACAGAAAAGCCAAUAGCUAUAUGUCACUUAAAACUUUUCAUAGAGGUAUACCUUUAAUGGAAAAUAUAGUAGAGUAACUUAAUUUUUGUUUAACUUAGAGUAAUUAAAACAAUUUUGCCAGAGAAAAUCUUAGGUCUGCCAUUUAAAUAGACAUUGUGAAUUUGGUUACAGUUCACAAUGUAAUGUUUUGUAUAUAACUUGCAUUUUUUUACCUCAUAUUUUUAAAGCCUUAAGGGCAGUAUUUGAUUUUUUUGAAAAACCAAUUUUGUUGUUUCUUACAUAUCAAAAAUCUGCUUGAAAAAAUUGAUAUACUUUGAAGAUAAUAGCUAAUGUAUAGCCCUCCAAAUGGGAAAAUAAAUGAAAAUGUUAGGGCUGUCACUACUAUCUAUUAAAAAUAAUGAGACCAUGACAAGGUUGAUUUGGUUAUUGAUUACUUUGGAUUGCUGCAUAAUUCACUUAGGAAAAUGGCUUUUAAAUAACUUACAGAAUUAAAAACACUUAGGAUAGUUAUACCUAUUCAUUAUUGACAUCAUGAAAUAAUAGAUAUGGUAUAGCAAUGUAUUUUGAGCUAGGAUGAACUGAUCUCCAGCAAAGAAUUGAUUUGUAGUAGAAGGAGAGUGAAAGAAAUAGCUAGCUUUUAUAGUAUUAAUUUUUUAUGACUCAAGUGUUUUAAAAAGGUCUUAUAAGCCAAAGCAUCUGUAAAAAAUAAUUGCAUAAAGAAUGCACCUGAUUUUCAUGUUUACUUGGGCAAAGAUUUUAUAUCCCAUUAAAUUAUUUUCACCAGCUAAAACCCAGAAUAUCUAUAAAGCAUUGUAUACCCUGUAAAAAUGUUGUAUCUUGUUUUCUGCAGAAAUGUUUUCUGCAAGGUCCAGCUUUAGAAAAUUGAUAAGAGAAAAUAUUGUUCUCCAGAUUAGUUUCUAAUUAAAGUUAUGCAAACCACCUUUUCUGGGCAUGCAUUUU